AUGAGUAGAAUUAACUUCUUAUUUAUCAAAGCGCUUUUUAUUUUACUUUUAUAUGUUGUAACAGUAAAAUGCAUUGGAUGUCCUUUCUGGCAAAUAGGAUCUAGUGAUAUUAAUGUGAACAUAAUCUAGAAAAUCAUUCUUCUGAAAUCUAAUCCCUAAAAUUAAGUAGAAGACAUAGCAGCGAUUGCCUAUCAGCCAUUUAAUGUAGGAAUAUUUAACAUUCAGAAAAAUAAAUAAUACUAAUUGAUGGGAUAGUCUGAGAGUGUGACACUCUAUCAAAUGGAUAAAGAUGAUAGACCAUAGCUUAAGGUUUCCAUAAUAAAUACUCUAGAUGCAAACGGAAGAGUUAUUUCAUGGAAUUCUGGAAAUGGAUCUAGAUAAUAAGUAAUUUAAAUUCCUCUGAAUAUUGCUGUAAAACCUAACUCUUGCUUAAAUUCACAAGAAAUGCUAGUUAUAACAUGGGACACAUAAUCAUUAUUUGUUGUUGAUUUUUCUUCUCCAAACGAUGCAAGCUCUAACGUGUAAGCUCUUUAAUUGGCUUCUGGAAAUAGUUUAGCUUAAUGUGUUAAUGAUAAGCUAAAUAGAAGAUUUUUACUUGCGAAUACUUAGGGAGUCAUAUUUUCUUAUGAUAUUUAAACUUAGAAAUUUGUUUAAUUAUUUUAGCUCAAUUCUUUUUCUAGUUUACAGUCAAUAUUCCCAACUUAGAAUACAAUUGCUAUUUCUUACGCACAAAUAUCUGGAUAGAGCUAUGCUGUUUCUUACAUAAACUCUACUCUCUAAUUCUCGCAAACACUCCCUUAAAUUUCAACAUAGAUUUUAGUGAAUAAACAAGAAGAUUAAUUAGUAAUCAUCGGAAAUUCUAACUUAUUCUAAGUUUGGAAUACUCAGUCAAAUCAGAAAGUAUAUCAACCUAAUUUUCAACAAAUUUAGUGUGAUUAAAAAGACGCAAAUUAAACAAGUGUUAAUUCUUCUAUUAGUUUUACAUUUGGAUCAAUCAAUUAAAAUGAUGAAAUUGCAGUAGUAUCCAAUUAAUAUGUUUUUGCUUAUUCUAUGUCACAAUAAAAGCCUUUGCUUUUUAAAAGUUAAAACUUUGGAGUCUACCUUAUCCAAGCUUUUGUUCUUUAAAAUAAAGUAAUAUUGAAUUAGUAGUACUCUGUAGCUAACUUCGAUUUACUCACUUCUAAAUACCAAUAUGUUACAAACGUCUUUACAAGCUAAAAAACAUCUUAUGAUGUAGUUACUAAAAUUGAGAUUGAUUCUAAUUUGAAUAGAAUAAUCAGGAUAGAUUUAUCAGGAACGCUAAUUGAUAGAAUUAGUAAUCCUUUUACUAGUAGCGAUAGCUAAACUUUUAAUCUUUAUCAAGAUAAGACAAACGGAUAUAUGGUAGGUUUCAUAUUAGAAUCAACUUCUUAUAUGAUAUAUAAAUUUAAUAAAGACCUUGACCACUCUUUGAUAUUUAAAGGAAUUUUAGUUAUCAAUGGUAGAAUUAAUGGGCCUGUAAAAUUAAUUGAGAUUAGUUAGUAAAUAUUGCUGCAAGUUAAUAGUAAAUUAUAUUUAUUUAACUAUUUCUAUUCAAGUGGAAGCUCAAAUUAACCUGUCAGUUUUUAAGGUUCCAAUGCUACUAUUUCUUAAUACUAUUUCAUCAGCUCAAUCAAUUAAUUAGUUGCUAUUUCAUAAUAGGUUAUUUAAAUAUACACAUAUAAUAGUAAUAAGUUAAGUUUGACGAAUUCAAUAAGUUAUUAUACAGGGACGAGUAGCUCAAUAACUUUAGUAUAAGAAUAAUAGAUAAUUAUUUUAAAUAGAGGAAAUCAGCUAUUUCUUAAAAACUAUCAAACUAUGCAAGAAAACAUAUUGGAUUUUGUUGAUUAAUCUGUUCUUAUGUACAAAUAUGAUGGACCUAGAGCUCUUUUGAUUAUCAUUUUAGCUAACUAUAAAAUAGAGGUUAUAAAUAUUGUAUAAGCCAAGGUUCUCUAUCUAUUACAACUUAAUAAUAAUGCUUUGCAAAUGAUGGAUAUAUUUCCUCAAUAUAAUUUAGUAGUUGUAUCAUACCAAAAUGGAUAAGUUAUUUACUACAAUUACAUUACAAAUACUAUUCUCUCAAUUUUCAAUAACCAGUUUUUUAAUGACUUUGAACAAUUAGAUAGUAGUUCCAACUCCUUAGUAAUAAAGUCUAACCUAAAAAUUUUCACAAGAAGGAUGACAAAUCUAGGAUUGAUAAAUUAGGUUUAAGAAAAUGUAGCUAUCAAUAGUUAUUUUAUUGACAUCAAAAGUGGUUUGAGUUUUACUUUAACAAAUAAAGUAAAAAUAUUCAAUCACUUAACAUAACAGUACCUUCCAAAUUUUAACAGCAACCUAAAUUUAUCACCUUAUAUCAUAUACUCUCUUCCUUCCCAAAACUGGAUAUUUCUUGGAUAUUUAAAUUCAACAGUAAAUAUUGUUUAUGUCUACAGGCUGGAUAAUUACUAAUAAAUAGGAAUAAUGGACCACAAUUUAACUUAAUGUAAUAAAAUUAACAAAUUUUAUCAUGAUGUUAAAAUGAAUAGAUUGUUUUCUUCUUGUAUAUCUCCUGGGACUGUAGUUGUUUGGGAUUUAAACAACAAUUUUACACUUAUAUAGUCUUUGAUAAAUGCAAAUCCAAGUGCUAUUUCUAGUAUAUCCUUCAACUAAAAUUUAGGAAUUAUCACUAUAAUGGGAUUAGCUUGGUGGUCAAGCACUUUUGAUUAUUAUACAUUGAAAUAUAAAUGCUAAGUUGUCGGAAUCUAUAGUAAUUUUGAUUACACAAAUCAGUAUUAAGUUACUUGGGAUCAAAAUGGUGAUUUUAGGCUUUAUGAUUACAAAUGUACACAAUUAGCAUAUAGGCACUGUGCUAAAAGUUGGAUUAACCAACUAAUAAUAGAUGAGCAAUAAAUGAUUAUAACAACAAUAAGUUAGGAUAACAAAGUAAAAACAUAUAACUACUAAAUCAUUCCAACUCCUGUCCUUUUAAACUAACUGAUUCUCCCAUAUUAACUUAACGAUGGUUUUCUAGACAAAGACAAUGGAUAUCUUUUAGUUGCAGAUUUUAAUGGUUACAUAUAUAUGAUAUCAUAUCCUUCACUAGUUUUGUAGUAAACAAUAUAAGUCACAUCCUAAAAGAUAAAUAAUGUCUAUUUAGAUAAAACUCAUAAUUUAUUUUUAUUUGUAAGUUAACCAGCACAAACUAUCUCUUACUACAACUUAAUUGAAUUUCUUUAAUCUAAUGCCUACUCAGUCUCAUUCAGAAAUACAGGUGUAAUGUCUACUUUAAGCACAAAGCAAGGAAUAAUAUUCCAUUAACACAGGAACAUUGUAUAAAUUUGGGAUUACUAAAAUCAAUCUCUUAGAUAUGGAUUUUUUGUAAACAGUUAGGCUCCCAUAUAUGAGUCUUAGAGUAUGUUUACUAUUUUGUAGGGACAAGAUAAAGUUUGUGCUUUGAUAACUAGAGAUUAAAUAAUAUUCUUUAAUAUUAAUACAUUUGAUAUCAUAUAUGCCUAAUCUUUAAAGUGCUUGAGAAGUACACAACUUGAUAACUAUUUUAUAUGUUCUCAAGCUAAUGUUUUGACUAUUCUGAAUGUUAAUAGUUUUGUUUAAAGUUAGACAAUUCAACUAUAGUAAAGCUCUGCUGUUAUAUAGUUACAAUCUAUAUUAGAGAUCAAUACCUUUUUUAUAACUACAUCUUAAGGAGAAGUUAUAUUUUUUACUCUUGACAAUAAUUAAAAUAUAUUUUAGCAAUAGUUGUAUUCUUAAAUGUUAACAUAAGCUAUUGCUAAUUAUUGUUUUUUAAGAUUGAAUUAAAAUUACAUGAUCAUAGCUUCUUCUUUUGAUGGAUAAAUUGGAUAAAUGUUACUCUCGUAAAAGUUGAAAAUACUUAACUAACAAUAAUUACCUUUACCUGGUUUAAGUUCUCAUGCUCACGUUAUGCUAUAGUACAAUAACUAAAUAUUUAUCAAAAGAAUACUGGAUUUCUCUUUAAGUUUAUACAAUUCUAAUAAUUUCACUUAGUUUAGUAUUAUCCCUAGCCCCUGUAUUGGUUACUCAUACAAGUUAGAUAUCAGUUAAGAUUUUGACCUAAUUAUUUAAAGUUGCAUAGGAAACUACUAAAUUAAUUAACUUUCUUCUUUAAAAAAUGUAGCUACAGGCAGGUAUAUAUCAAAUCUGAAUAUUACUGAUUUUGUUUAUACUCCUGAUUGCAAUUAGAUUGUCUUCAUAAACAAAGAUUACUUCAUAGAUGCAUACUUCAAGACAAUUUUUAUUUAUUAAAUAGAUUACGCUAAUUAAAAAGUGAAUUAAUUAGGUAAUUUUUAAUUAAAUGGAAUUGUCUUAGGGAGCAUAGCUUCUUACAAUACUUUUAGCUCAGCAGACAAUAUUUAUGUUUAGUUAAUUUUGUAUUCUUAGGAUACAAUUUCACAAGUUUAGUUACCUAUUUUUGGAGAAAAAUCAUGCUAAUAAUCACUGUCAUCAGCAUAAUUUGGCGAAGUGGUACUUUCCGUAUAAAGCGUUUACUAACAAAUUUAAGCAUACUUUAAUAUUUAAAGUAUAAAAUUUAAUGUUAUUAUAGAUUAGGAAACCAUUUUGCUACCUUUUCCUUCUUUUCAAUUUUCUUAAAUUACCUAAGUUAACAUUGUUGCUGAUCAGACAAAAACAGUUCAACAAAAAAUAAUUGUUAACGAGGAAAUAUUUUUUUCUUUUUCAGGUUAUAACUUAAUUUCAUUAAAUAAUUUGUACAUAGAGCCUGCUUCUUCUCAAAAAGAUUACCUGCUGUUUAAUAUUCAAAAUUUAACUUAAUUUCAACUAAAUAAUGUCUAAUUAGGUAAUGAAAAAUUAUUUUCUUUCAAUUUUAAUUACAUAGAAAGUGUGGUGUUUGAUUAGCUAUAGAUUUUAAAUAUGACAUAAUCAGCAUAAAAUAUAGUAACAAUUUUCAAUUUCUAAUAGGUGAAUAAUAUGCUUUUUAAUCAAAUCAACGUAUCAUAGUCUAAUUUCAGUUAGAUCAAUCUUUUUUACUUUUAAAAUGAUGUUAAUAAUAUCAAAAGCAUAAUUAGAUUUUAAGAUUUGUAAAUCCAGUAAUCAGAAUUUCUCUUUAGAGAAGAUACAACAAGUACUUCAGCCAUUUUCAUUUCAAAUUAUAAUAAUGUCUCAUUUGAUAGAGUCAAUAUAAAUUAAAAUUCAGGUACUCCUAUACCUAUAAUUAAAAGCUAUGUUGUCUCUAAUUUAUCGUUAAGUAAUAUCAAGUUUACUAACAAUAAAGAAAUUAUGCUACUUUCAUAUAACAGUAGUAUUAGUUAAGUGGUAGCAAAAGUAGCUUUGAAUUAGUAAUUACUUGAAGAUAAUAUAGCAAUUUGGACAUUAAAUAUAUCUAAUAAUUAGUACAGCUUAUAUUCAAAAUACAGCAUUGUAUAAAUAAAUAGCCUCUAAUAGAUAAUUUCAAAAGCUGAUAUCAAUAAUAAUACUGAUUUAAAUUAAUCUAAUUAAAUUUUGAAUUUAAAAGCUAAUUAUAUGAAUUGCACAAAUGCUACUUUUAUGUAAAAUUAAGGGUUUUAAAAUUUAUUUGUUGUCCUAAAUACCUAAUUAGGUUAUUUUUAGAACUUAAUAGUUUGGAAUAACUAAGCUGCUUAAGGUGUUUUACUACUUUCAUCUAAAGUAUUAAUAUCUAAUUCAUCUUUGAAAGAAAAUAUAUCUAACAAUAAAUUAUUCUAAACCUCUGUGAUAAACAUACUUUCAAACUCAUAAGUGUCCUUGACUUCAUCUGAGUUUGAAUCUAACUAAUCCUUUUUAGGAGGUUCAAUAUAUUUAUCUUAAAGUGAUUUAUAAAUAGAAUAAGUUUCGUUUAAAAAUGAUAUAAGUUAAAACUAAGGAGGAUCUAUAUAUUCAAUUUAAUCUACUCUUAGCCUAAGGUAAAGCUAAUUUACAAACUGCUCAUCUGAUCUAGGUGGAAGCAUAUACAUAUAAAAAGGAAGCAUAGAAUUAAAUUCUGUAAAUUCAUCAAAAUCAACUUCUAAUGAAGAUGGAGGCUUUUUAUAUGCUAGUAAUAUAGGAUAAUUUACAUUAUCAAAUUUAAAUCUAUAGGAUUGUAUAGCUUUUAAUGAUGGAGGGUGUAUGUAUCUAACAUCAUCUGGUGGAAAUAGUUCUUUUAUAACCCAAUCUUUAAUUUAAAAUAGCAAAGCUUAUGGGAGCGGAGGUGCUAUUUUACUUGAUAAUACUGAUUUGUCUAUAAACUAAACUUAGUUUGUAAACAACACUGCUGGAAUAGGUGGAGCCAUAAGAUACUUAAAUCUAAAACCUCUCUUUUUAAUUUAAAACUCUAAUGCCUCAAAAGAUUCUUGUAAAACAUUUAGCCAAAAUCAUUGUUAACAGAAUACAGCUAUCAUUUUUGGAAAUUCAAUUGCUAGCUAUCCAUAAUAUGCUUCAAUAUUACCAAGUAAAGACUUCAAAGUUAAUAUUGAUUACUAUCCUAAUGUUACACUAAGUAAUUUUAGAAGUGGAAUGAGUAGUUUUGAUUUCUCAGUCUAAUUUUUAGAUGAAUUCAAGAAUCUUGUCUAAUAAAUUAAUCUACAAGACCAGACCUUAACAUAAUCUCUAAGCCAGAAACUGAUUUAAGAAAUUAGUUAAUAUAAUUGCAGGGUGCAAAUAAAUCAAAUAAGUACCUCAUUAGAAGAAGAAACUAUAAAAAUAGAUGGAGCAACACUUGUAGAUUAUGCUUAUCAUGGCAAAAACAAGAUUGGAUGCUUAAUGAACAAUUUUAAAAUAACAGGAAUUCCAACAAAAAGGGGUUUAAUAUAACUGCAGCUAAAUGGAAUGAAAUCACUUUAAGGAUCAAAUUAAUUUAGUAAUAUUACAGAUAUUUAAAUUAAUAUAUAAUUUAGAGAGUGCUAUGUUGGAGAGUACUAUACCUCAACAUGUGAUGGAUGCUAGCUCUACGAGUGCACUUAAUGUUUAAAUGGUACGUAUUCUCUAGAGGAGCCCAAAAUAGGAAAGAAGAUUGAGUGCAAAAGUUGUGAUACUUCUCAAACCAAUUCAUGCUUUCUCAAUUAAAUAGUCUUAAAAUAAAAUUACUGGAGAGUGAGCAAUCAAUCUGAUUAAAUAUUUUUUUGUAAUUCUAAUAAUUGUAAUGGUAAUGAAUCAAAAGGAUAUUGUUCAGAAGGGUAUGUAGGAGCUUUAUGCUCAUCAUGUGAUAAUUAUGGGAAAAUUUGGGGACUAUAGUACGGAUCAAGUUAGGUAGGUAGCUAAGGUAUUUAAUGCAUUAGGUGUGAUUAAAUAAAGGAUAACGCAUACAAGCAAAUUUUAGUCUUUUUAUCAGUUUUGCUUUAUUUGGGAUUUUUAAUCAUCGAAUCCUAAAGUAAUAACUGUAAAAUGUGCUAAAUUAGAAUUCUUUCUUCGAUUAAUGUUAUUUAAUUUGGAGUUUCUUAAUUUAUUCUUUAAUCAUCUGUCAUAUCAAAAAUAUUUAUCAAUUAAUUUUACAUCAUUACAUCUUUAAAAGAAAAUCUAUAAGUUAGUUUCCCUGAUUUAUUCUCUUUCUUAUUCACUUUCCCAUAAGUAGCUUCAUAACCUGUACUUGUCUUUUUAUAUUCACUAGAUUGUAGUCUAAGCUCAAUACAUACUUAAAUUCCAAUUUAAUAUUUGAGGUUUAUUUACAUUUCUAUCGUUCUCCCUCUAAUAUUUUUGAUACUUAUCUACAUUAUGAUGAAAUUAAUCAUAUAUAUUUUAAAUAAUAUAAAUCCAAAAGAAGCCUACUAUUUGGAAAUAAAAUAUAACAAUGUAAAUAUGCUUAUAAGCACUUUAAUUGUUUUUACUUACCUUGCUUCAUAAAACGUUUACUAAGCAGCUCUUUAAGUAAUUUUUUGUCAAAAAUUUGAUAAUUAGUAUUACAUGAAAAGCUAAAUGGAUUAAUAGUGCUACACUUAAGAGCAUAUUUUCUACAUAAUCUUUUUAAUUUUACCUGUUUUGAUACUGGUGACUAUCAUAUAUCCUUUAGUAAUGUUGUACAUUUUAUGUAAAAACAGCUCUAAACUUUUUGAUAACACCUCUACAAAUGUUAUAAGGAGAUAUGGGUAUUUCUUCUAAGGAUAUAAGAAAAAUAGGUGGUGGUGGGAGCUUUUAAAAACAGAAUACAAAUUUAUAGAAUUACUAUUAGCUACUUAUUUUGCUUCUUAGCCUGUUAAUCAACUUAUCUCAAUUAUAUUUGUCUAGCUUGUUUACUGUGCAUUAUUGACUUACUUUUCUCCUUACUAAGAUAAUAAAAUAAAUAUUUUGGAGCUCAAAUCUUCAAUAUAAACUUUGCUUAUCUUUUGGUUAUCGCUAUUUAUAUAAUUAAAUUCUAAUAUGGUUGUUUUAACCUAAAUAGCUUCAGCGCUUCUAAUUGCAACUAUGAUUAUUUUAUUUGGUUCCUUAGCAAUAAACUUUUUUGAAGUUUUAGUGAAAAGAAACUACUAUUUAAUUCUGAAAUGGAAAUGCUUGAAUUAUUUAAUAACAUACUUAAAAAGUAAAGUAAUAAAAGAUAGAGAGUGGGUUAAAUCAUAUUUUUUUAAAAAUUAUUGGAUCUUGUAUAAUUUGAUUUAUAAACAAAACUAUAAUCCUUUUGCAGCUUUUAAUAAUUGGAGAAAGCUUAAAAAUAUGUUUUUAAAAGGAGAGCUUAAAAUAAUUGAAAUAUAAAAACUCUAAAAUCGUAUAAGGAAAAAUAGUGGAUCUAACUUAAAUUUAUCUCCGUCUUAAAGAUCUAAUAUAUUUGCUGAGAUUAGUUAUAAUUCUUUAAUAAAAACUUAUUCUAUUGAGAAUAGAAAUGAUGACUUUAUACUAGAAAAUACUCCUUUAAAAGAUAAUAGUCCUACUUAUAACUAAAAUAGAAGAUCUAGCUAAUUUAAAAAAUAAAAAUUUUAUUUAGAUUUUAAAAGUGUUAUCAAUUAAUGA